AUGAGAGGCGCUUGGCGGUUCUUCUUUCUGGUUAUUCUUCUACUCCUUCCUCUCCUUGUUCAUGGCGAUGGCGAAGGUGACUGCUCCGCCGACGACGAAGGCCGCGACAGGAAGAAGGCCCUUCCGCUCAAGAUCGGAGCGAUAGUUUCCAUCCUGGUUUGUGGUGGCAUCGGGGUGGGUGUUCCCGUGCUUGGCAUGUGGAUACAGUCGCUUCGUCCGGAGAAGGACAUCUUCUUCGUCAUCAAAGCUUUUGCCGCCGGAGUCAUUCUGGCCACCGGCUUCAUCCACAUAUUGCCAGAUGCGUUCGAGACCCUGACCUCCUCAUGUCUGGCCGCGAGUCCUUGGCAGGACUUUCCGUUCGCGGGGUUCUGCGCGAUGGUCGGCGCAAUCGGGACGCUGAUGGUGGACACCCUCGCCACCGGAUACUUCAGCCGAUUAAACGGUGAUAGAUUGCGGUCGACUUCAUUGAGCGAAGCCACGAAUGGCGAUGUGGAGGCAACUCACGGUCACACCCAUGGUGCCGCUGUGAUGCAGCCGGAGGAUUCUUCGGCCCAGCUCAUCCGACAUCGUGUUGUUUCUCAGGUUUUGGAGCUCGGGAUCGUGGUGCAUUCUGUGAUCAUCGGGAUCUCUUUGGGGGCAUCGGAGUCUCCAUCCACCAUACGACCGCUGGUAGUUGCUCUCAGUUUCCAUCAGUUCUUCGAAGGCAUGGGUCUCGGAGGCUGUAUCGUUCAGGCAAGGUUCGAUUUCAAGGCAAUGGUGACAAUGGGGCUCUUCUUUUCGCUCACGACUCCGGUUGGGAUCGCCAUCGGCACUGGGAUAUCAUCCGUGUACAACGAGAACAGCCCUACUGCAUUGAUCGUUCAAGGACUUCUGGAUUCUGUCGCCGCGGGGAUCUUGAUAUACAUGGCAUUGGUUGACCUGCUGGCUGCAGAUUUCAUGCACCCGAGGGUGCAGAGCAAACCGAAGCUACAGUUUGCGUUGAAUGUUUCUCUGCUCGCAGGCUCAGGCUUGAUGGCUCUCCUUGCCAAGUGGGCUUAA